AUGCAACCAAGUUGGGUUAUAGUUGCUUCGCUGCUUUUACUAGUCUCCGCUGGAACAGGAUCUGACCUAGAUGAAGAACCGGCUCCCAGAAUCCAACCGAGGAUCUUCAAAGGCAAGGAGAUUACCAACGGUGCCCUCGGUGGAAUGGGGGUGCAAUUGUUCUAUAAAACCAAGCUCGUCUGCACGGGAACACUCAUUACAGAACGGCACUUCAUUACGGCAGGCCAUUGUUUUAAUAACAUGACCUUAAGCGAGUUCCACGUAAUUGGAGGACAGACGAGGGAGUUCGAUCGCCACAAAAAGCUCUUCCAUAAGAACCGGCUUGUCGGGUUGCGAAUUCAUCCGGACUUUGAUAAGGAGAGCUUUAUCGGCGAUAUUGCGGUGGCCAAGAUAAAGUAUCCAUUGAGGAGCAAGUACAUUGGCUACGCUCAAGUCUGCAAAUCGCCUCUUUAUCCCAGCGAUGUACUCACGGUCGCCGGUUGGGGAUCCAGUGGCAGGACCUCGGAUAAGAGUACCUUGCGCUCCAUGCGGGUGGCCAUUGUGGAUAAGGGCGUUUGCGAGAGACAACUGAAGCUCUCCUUACCAGAGAAUGUCAUAUGUGCCGGUGGCUAUAACAGCAGGACCCUCUGCGCCGGAGACUCCGGCGGACCUUUGAUGUUCCGCCAGCAAGUUUGCGGCGUCAGCACGUGGACCUAUAAAUGCGGCAACAACGCCAAGCCCGAUAUAUUUAUGAGUGUACGUCACUAUUCUAAAUUCGUCAUAAAAGCUGUUCGGGAUCUGGGCUUCAAGUAA